AUGGCAGCAGCCGCGGAAAGUGCCCGCCGGGCCGCCGCCAACGGCGGCAACUGCUGCUUCAGUCCCGUCCCGGGCGGAGGCUCGACUCGGCGUCGCUGGCUUCCCCCCGGCCCGGCGGCUCGCGACGGACGCGCCGCCAUCUUGGAAGAGCGACGUCCGCGUCUCCCCGCGACGUGCGCUCCCAUUGGCCGGCGCGCCGGGCGCGGGCGUCUUGUGACCGUCUCCAUGGCGCCGGCGCGCGCGCGCGCAGGGGCGGAGGCGGGCGCCGGGGACGCACGGGACCCCGGCGGCGGCGGCGGCGGCGGAGGAGGGAAGGAGGUCGGGACGUGGGCGGCGCCGCGGGGGACCGUCCAUCGCGCAUCUCCCCUCUCCCCGGACCCCGAGGACACCCCAGAGAGCCCGGGCGCGCGGGACGAGUCCGGCCGCGGUGACCCGACGCUGCCGCCCGCCCGCCCGCCCGCGCCCGUCUCGAAACUUGGCAGAAACUUGUCUGCGUCCUCCCCGGCGCCCGCGACAGGUGAUCCGGGCGGAUCGCUCCCCGGAUCCCCGUGCUGAUUGGGCGGAACCCGCCGAACCUAAAGGCUUCGGGAGUCUCCCACACUCACCCUGACGAUCUAGCAGCCUGUAAGGAACCGUCUUCUUGUCUACAGGUGUUUCUGGGCGUGGUUCCGAAGUAAACGAGACCCAACUCUGAAAUUCUGGGACUCAGAGCCCGCCGAGGCCAUCGCGCCUCCCAGAGCCCCCCCCGCCUCUGCCGUGAAUGACGGUGAAAGCUCCGGCUUCUUCCCCGACGGCCGUGAAGUAAUCUCCCCGAAGGAACCCUUGCUGUCACAAACGAAUUUGCAAGGGGACUGGGAGAAGUGUUUGGACUUGAGAAAUAAAACACUUGCAUUGAAUCCUUGCAAAGGCCUUAUUAUAAAAGGGAUUGUGGAAAAACUUCCUCUGUACUGGAAUCUUUUUCCCUUAACAAUGGUGCUACUGUGCUAAUGUAAUUUAAGAUGUGCUCGUAAAUUCCUAUAACAGUGAGUAAAGCAAAUGCAUUACAAACCCAGUAUUAUCUCUAUUCUGUUGUGUCCACCCGAAGAAAAAUUAAUGUAAGCAAUCAUAUCGACUUUCAAAACGGGGGGAAGGGGGAAAAACUGACUGCUGCAUUUCAAGAAGUAACAAGUAGUUUGCUUUUUGCUGUUGUUUGCUUGGGUUUUUGUUUUGUUUUGUUUUGUUUCUGUUUUUUUUUCUCUGUAACUUAUUUCUGAUUUCUCUGCUGGAGCAAGAGCAGUCUACCUUCUGCAAUACAAUAAAAUAUAUUCCCUGUGUCGCAGAUUAAUGUAUAAAUAGGAAGCAAGAUUGAAAAAUACAAGCUGCAUAGGUACUAAGAGAAACCAAGAGAAGAGACAACAAAGAACCUGGAAAAAGAUACUGUUCCAACCUGUAAAUAAGAAUGCAGGAGGUUCAUUAAUGUUUAAAAUAGCAACUAGUGAAUUAAAAUUGUAAUUUAGGCGUC